CCAAAAGAGAGGGCGGAUGUUUAUUUUUCAGCCAAUGGAAAGUGGACAAGCUCACACGCCGAGAGACAGAGUGCCUGGCCGGUGGACAAAUUGCCCGGAGUAGUUGUCAAGUGCUGCCAUGGGGGCUUCUGAGAGCUCCCCAGCAACUCCCACCUGCAAACCUUUGCUUAAUAGACAUCUGGGACAUGUCAGUGACCCACGAUCGCCCACGGCGGGGAUCUUGAGAACUCCCAUAGAGGUAGACAGCUCUCCCCAGGCGACUCCCCUGUCUCUUGGGAAGCAAGAUGAAUUGGUAGCCAACAACCAAAAUCCGAACUGGGACCCUCGCUCCCCAACACCCGGUAUCUCACGCACCCCCAUGAAAGCUGUGGUGGCUGAUACCAUGAACUGUCUAGUGAAGCAGCUCAGUGAAGUUUUUAUGCCAGAGAACAUGGAGGAAGAGCUGCCUCUUGAAGAGUCUCACCACGAAAGCCAGACCUCUGAAGUCACCUUUGCAACAGAGGAGACCUCAAGGGAGAAAGCUGCUCCUCGGGAUACAUCCCAGGAAAGUCCCCUAGGGACAGAGGGGGAAAGAAAUGAACCACUGCACUCCAGUGUUUCUGUUGUAGCUGCAACAAGACCAGCUCACCUUGCCAGUGUCCUUCAUCCUACAGGGAGCAAACCAACAAGGCGCAGGGGCAAUAACAAAAUACUGGCAACAUCAAUGGGUCCUGGACGUUCUCCCCUUAGCAUCCUGCAAGACGACAACUCCCCAAAUUCCCUUGCUUCUCACCAGAUUAAGCGGUGUCCAUCGGUGGCAGAUGACCAAGCAGAGCGCAAAGAGGGAGGGUUGAGUGCUGGACGCAGCAAAGCAGGCAGCUAUAACUGGAAUUCCUUAAAUAAGGAGAAUCAACAGCGUCAUGUGGUGGAAUACUAGUCUCCUUCAGGUGUUUCAUGGCCUCUGGCAAGCUGGUUUUGAAGGCUCAAGUGUUGGGGAUGCAGUGGCGGCAGCACGGGCUUGGACUUCCUGGAAGUUAUUUCCUUCUUGCCACAUCUGUCCUAGGCAGGAGAGAGAUAUGCUCUUAUAUUUUUCUCUCAUCUGUAGUUCUCAUAUCUUUUAUCAUGUACAGAUCCCUG